CUUAAAUCGUUCCUAAAAGAYGGUGGUUGUGCAUUGCAUAYUCGUGUUAAGAUUUUUGUGCUUGUUCCUUUAAUCUUCUUCCAUUCCUUCCUCGUCGUCAUCGUCUUCUUCUUCCUCUUCUAAUUGCUCCUUGGCCCAUUCCUCUGCAGAUUUCAACAAGUCUUUUGGAACACCCUUGUGGGUCCAGUUGGUAGCUUCGCAAAUCCAGCUCACUUCUAUCUCGAUGGGCUUGGCAUCCUUUUGYUCCUGGUGCAAGAGGUGAAGGAUUCUCAAGAUUUGCUUGACGGCUUCCUCCGCCGGGAUCGGCGUCUUGUGUAAAUUGAGUUUUUCCAGUUCCGUCUUGGCGGCUUGCUUGCCCUUGCCGGUAGCCACRCCGUAAUACUUGUAAGGGGCUCCGUUGGGCUCUAGCAGUUGCAGGGAGCAUUCCUUCGUAUCGGGAUCGUAUCCAGCCAGGACGACCGCCGCUCCRAAGGGACGAAGAGCRCCGUGCAGCGUAAAGUAAUGCGCAUAUUGACCGAGUCGAUCUCCCAAGACCUCGGGGGGGAUCUUGCUUCCGUAUUGCUCCUCCCAGUCGGCGGCCUCUUCCACAGUGCGUUGGACCAGGACCCGGGCGUCGGGAAGGAAGCCCGUCGAGGCGCAGCCCACGUGGGUGUCGCACGUGUGAAUUCGCUUGUAGGAACCCGUCGUGGCCACCACCAUUUUGUGAUUGAUGGGUUUUGCGCAUCCCAGAACAACUCCAUCGCUGCACUUGAUGCCCAGAACGGGGCCGGCAUUUUCGACGGCCUUGGUCGCAUACUCAACUUGAAAGAUCCGACCAUCGGGCGAGAAGGUCGCUGACGAAAGAUCGUAACCCGAACCUGAAGAUGCCAUCUUUUGUCUAUACUACUGGAAUUUUACGAUUAUGCAAUUAUCGAAUGUCUAGUUUGAUUUGGGAGAGGGUUGGUUUGUUUGCAUUGAUAGAUCAGAGAGCAAGUGGGAUAGGCCAGAUCGCAUUUGGACAAAGGUUUUUUAACUUGGCACGAAAUGAAGGACAAACAGGUGC